GUGAACAAUAUGAUAAUCCAUGUGAUUUUCUAUUGGAUAUUGUACAAGGCGAUCGAGGUUCAUCAGCAAUAUUGAAUAAUAGUGAAAAUGAGGUAACAGACAUGUGUGUAAUCGGAUAAGAAUUUCUUCAAAAUUAGGAAAACUAGGAGUAACGAAUCGAGAUCAGGGUGGAGGGAGUUGCUAGCCAGCAGUUAAGUGAGUGUUUGUUUCGAGUAUGCUGACAUUAUAGUUCUAUUAAAAGGGUGAUAAAGAAGAAGACGAAAAAUUAAUACAAAACAAACUAGCUCAAACAUUGAAUAGCAGAUAUUUAAUAUCUCCUUUAUGGGCAUCUGUUAACAAGAAACAGAUAUCAUUCAUCAGCUCAGAUUUUAUAUGAAAAAUUACCGAGAAAAUCUCGAUUCAAUGAACUAUAUUAUGUAUCACAACGUGUUCUACGGAAUCUUAGUCGAAGUCCAAUCGUGAUCAUAAUACAAAUCGGUAUUAGCGUUGUAUUUGCUAUUCUUUGUGGUUGUGUGUUCUUCCGUGUUGAUCAUACACUGGAUCAAGGUGUUAAAAAACAUGCCGGUGCUAUAUUUCUUGUGACAGUGUUUCAAGUCUUGAUUAAUUUAAUUGCACUUGAAUUAUUUUUGAAAGAACGUGCAUUAUUUAUUCAUGUAAGUGUUUUGCGUUAUGAAUUGUUUUUCGAAAUUUUAUAUAAAUCUUAUAAAGAAGUUCACGCUCUAUCCGUGACACGACUCUUCCGUGUAGCCAGUGUCAUUCUUGGCAUGACCUAUGUAAUUAUGAUAAUCUUCAGUGGCUUUAUAGUUGAUCUUAAAAGUAUUGUUGGUGCUUUAAAUUGGAUGCAGUGGUUCAGCAUAUUGCGCUAUGCACUAUACGGUUUGAAUGUUAAGGAAUUUACAAAUCUCAAAUUAUGUGCUGCUGUAGCAAACAAUGCCACCAGCAUAUGUUCAUAUCGCGGCGAAGACAUAGUAACAGAACGUCAUAUUGUUUAUGAAAGUGAUUGGGACCUAUGA